CACACAAAGCCGUGUGGACGCACAGGUGUGACGCGUAAGCCGUUACGUCAUCGACAGGCGACGCAUUACCGCCAGAAGGCAACAGCAAAAAUGCUUUUCUACUCCUUCUUCAAGUCUCUGGUGGGCAAAGACGUGGUGGUGGAGCUCAAAAACGACCUGAGCAUUUGUGGAACGCUUCAUUCAGUUGACCAGUACCUGAACAUAAAACUGACAGACAUCAGUGUCACAGACCCAGAGAAAUACCCACACAUGCUCUCAGUGAAAAACUGCUUCAUCCGCGGAUCGGUGGUCCGAUACGUUCAACUACCUGCAGAUGAGGUGGACACUCAGCUGCUGCAGGAUGCUGCACGGAAGGAAGCCAUCCAGAUUAAGCAGUGACACAAUGGGGUUUGAGAUCAGGGGAACUAGAUAUGGUUCGGUGGGAUGGUGGGUGUUUUUUUGUUGUAACAGUUAAUAAGGCCAUACUUUAAAUUUUGAAAUUAUUUCGUUUAUAUCCAACAUGUGUGAAUCAGUUUGUGCACCUCUAUGCCCACAGCAGUAUUGAUCACAAGAUCUAGUUAUCAUUGAGAAUUUGAUUCCAAACUUGAUGAAUCCUGAUUGUUUCAGAGCAGUAGAAUAGGUCUAAAAGUCUUCAUGGGACCUUGACUUUCUUUCUUUCUUUUUUUUCUUUUUUUUAAUUGUUGUCAAUGAAAUUUAAAUCAAGCUGAUAGAAGAGUUGAAGAUCUGCUGUAGUGUUUGUUUUGUUAGGAGGCCAUGUUUUAUCUUGCUUAACAGUGACUUGUUUAUGCCACUUGAAAUAAAAGGUGUUUCUGAAAAGUG